ACCUUCCUUGGUCAACAGUGUUCAUCACUGUUGCAAGUAGAAAUCUGAUGGAGUCUUAAUAACGGAAACUUUAUAUUAUUGAAUUCAGUAUCAGUGUAAUUACCAUGUUAUGAGCUGUUAUAAAAUCUGAGAUAAAAUCGACAUAAUAUUUAGUUACGCGAUAUCGGCCUCUACGUUUAAUUCCAUGAGCAGCAAUAGCGAACAAAAUGGCCGCCAGCCGCCUUUAUCACAACAAUCAGCGCCACCAUCGGACCCUCGUUUGAGAAACGCGUCAUCCUCGGACCCACAGAGAAUAUGCCGUGACUAUGUUUGGGGUAUUUGUGGCAAAGGCACACAGUGCAAAUUUCGUCAUGAAUUUGAUGUGGAGUCAAUGAAAAACAUUUUGAAGUUUUGCCACGAUUAUCAAAAUAGAACUGGAUGCGCGCGUCCUGACUGUACCUACUUGCAUACUACAAGAGAGGAGGAAAAUCUUUUCCUGACUACUGGUCAGAUACCUAGAGCGCUAGCCGAGAGACACGCAGCCAUGUUUUCUGCACCGAUGAACGUGUUUGUAAACGAGUACUUGGGCCAAGCUCCACCUCCCCCUCCACCGCCGCCGCAGCCCGCGGCCGCUCCGGUGGUGGCGCCUUCAUGUGCGACUGCUGCUCCGCCACCCCCGCACCCUUACGUGACUGCUCAGCCGCCGCCGCCCCCAGCACCUCUGAGGCCUCUGCUAGCUCCUCCGCCACCGCCGCCACCUCCGCCGCCUCCACCGACUACGGCCACUGUGCCUGCGCAAAUGACCCCGCCUGUGUUCACAGCUCCUGCUCCAUUCAACAGUCCGGCUAUGUACGCUGCUACUCAACCCCCACCACCCCUACCCAUGUUUGAUGCCAGCAGGCCUCCUCCACCACUGUCAACAGUCGCACCUAAAACUAAAAAAAGUGUUGUGGUAAAACGUCCGGCUGAAUCUUCUGAGGCCGGGCCAAGCAAAGCGAGAAAACUGGAGAGCUCCAAACUUGAAAGACUCUGCGAAAGCUGUGUCCAGCGGGAACUCAGGAUCGAUCUGUACCGCAAGGAGAUGCAGAAGCUGGAGUGUGAGAGAGAGUACCAAUCAUACAUCUAUGAGACCAAGUCCGAAGGAUAUGAAAAUGGCCGUCUGUUGUUGAAGUCUGUUCUUAGUCCCGAGUCGUUUCGUAUUCUCGACGAGUACGUAGAGGGAUCUUCGCAGCAGUUCAACCAAAUGUCUCCUUUUUCUGCAACUUCAACAGUGCCCCGACAGUUUCUGCUUCAGUUGAUGGAUUGCGUGUUCAAUAACUCAAGAAGUCUUCUGGACUCUCCGCCUGUCCCUAGUGUUGGAAUGGACGAGUUGUCGCUAUUACAGUCACUGACAGCGUUGACCAGGAGGUCGGAACCUAUAAACGACGCGCCGACGGAUGUCAUACAGGCAGUACUAGGCGUGCUUCGGAACUCCACGACGUUAAGCUCCUACAGAAGCCCUUCAGCCGAAGCGCGGUCGAGCGAGAGCCUGGGUGAGCGAAGAGGUGCGAGCAGCAGCGGCGCCAUGAACGGGCUGAGCCACUUCCUGAACGGGCAGAAGGCGGAGGGCGCGACGGCGGGGCCCGCGCGCUACGGGGGCGCGUGUUCUGCGAUCAGAGCUUUCCCCACGGCAAGCGCCGCGCCCCCGCCAGCCGCGCCCCCUCCCGCGCCCCCUGCGCCCCUUCCCGCGCCCGCCGCGCCCUCUCCCGCCGCCCCCGCGCCCCCAGCGGCACCGGCCCAGCGACCAGCGGUGCGACCUACCGGCCCAGCCGGCCCUACCUACCUGCCGUACCAACCGCCGCCCUCCCGGCCGUAUUACCCGCAGCAGUACCCCUCCAGCUUCAGCCAUAUGCCAAACGUAAACACGCCUUAUAAUAGUACCGCUCGGGGCCCGGCCCCCCACGCCCCGCAGCGUCCGGCCGCGGCCGCACAACCUCCGGCGCCGCCGCCACCCAACUAUAAUCUGUACGGGGCGGGCCGAUACCCCUCUCAGCCUCAUUACUAUCCUCCUUUCCAAUAACCUAGACUGAGGUACGUCGAAUUCUUGACAUCUAAUGACGAAGCUAGUCAGCGAAUACGUGCUAAUUUAGUAAUGUAAGAAAUGCCUAUUGCGACCUAAUGUGAUAUUAAAUAAGACUGAUUUUGUACCAUACCUUUCAGAUAAUAUUUUAUACAGAAACGAUUUUAUAACAUGUAUGUAAAUAAAUAGAAAGACCUAAUGCUUUUGCGGGACAGUAAUGAUGAAAUAGACAGGUCGAGCUGGACAUUCAAGAUUUCAAAGCAGCAAUUUGACAAUCGAAAUGUAGUAUUAACAUCGAACAUUUUUGGGAAUCUUGGGAAAAAGCCGUCAGCUUGGAAAAGGAAGUUACAGCUUUAUGUGACGAUAAAUAAGCUAUUUAUCGCGCUAAAAUAGUGAUUAUGUUUUCUUAUAAAUAUGCGCCGAUGAAAUUUGUCGUAAAAUGGAAGUUAUUGACCAUUUAAGUUAGCCUUGUUUGUAACUUUCAAUGAAAUACUAGUUUAUUGUUUUAUCGAAGCGACAAAGUCGCUUAAAUUAAAAACUUGGCCUCAUUACUAUCCUCCUUCCUAAUAAGACUGAGGUAACGUUGAACUCUUUUCAAAUUUCUGGCGACACUAGUCAGUGACCUUUUACUAAUUUAGUUAUGUAAGAAAUGCCUUUUGCGACCUGAAGUGACAUUAUAAGACUGAUUUUGAACAGUAGUUAUAUUUUAUGUUAUAAUAAGAAAGACCUGACAAUACAGCCUACAAUAACAGCAAGUAGUACUAGACUAGGUUUUGGUUCAAAAUAUUCCAUUGUUCUAUUUUUUUUUAAAGUAUUAUUCGAAGUAUUUGUGAUCUGCUUCGCAGCGCUUUUUGUGUGUGAAAAAAUAUUUAUAGUAUUCAUUAUUGAUGUUUUAAAUUAGUUGUAUUAAAAAAGUAUUAAAAUUAUGUUUCACACUUAUACUUAGUAAGGCUGAUGCAGUUUUGUUGAUAAUGUUGUAAAGGAAUUGUUACUUAUAUAUGAUGAUGUUUUUACAGACAUGUAAUUUAUGUAGACCGUACAGUGUGACCCAAAUUUGUGGCAAUAUACAAAUAUUAUUGCAUUUUUUAUGAAGCAGUAAGGUUCAUUAGCAAAUUUGAGCUCACUACUGAUUUGUGGAACACCGCACAGUCGAACCAAAGCAUUUUUUAACGAUACUGUUACACCUUUUAUAUGGAGUCUGUUUAAACAUUUUUUUAUUACUAAAUUUAUAAGUGUAGCUCAAUGGUUCAAAGCCACUUCGAGUAUAAAUGCUAACUGUUGCUCAAGUCACUGACAGCCGGAUGUAAGAGCGAUACAUAAUGUGUGAUUUUUCAUUCGAUGCACUUAGGUGACAUUAGUCGAGUAAAUAGUUGUUUACUAAACUUAUCAACAUACAUUAUUAAUGAAAAACAUUUUUACCCUGAACAAACAUACAUAUAAUUAACAUGACUGAAUACCAUUACUUUUAGUGGUGAACUAAAAUGAAGUGAAGUCAAUUUAAGUGACUGCAGUGUCUGUAAGGAUUGAGGAGCCACAUCAGAUAUUUUUGAUCCGAUCUCACGAUUAUUUUGCAGCACCAAUUCCAGAUUUAGCAGCAAAAUAUAUCACUAGUUAUUUUAGUGCAAAAGAGCCACCUAGAACUCGUUAAGUAAUAGAUCAAUAUUUAUGAGAAUGCUGUAUCAUUUCGCAGUAACCACCGUAUAAAAAAAUAGUUUCUGUAGCGUUAAAAAUAUGAAAUUUCAAUACUUUUGACCUGUUUCCUCUAUCUAAACUCAAGAUGCGAAUUUCUAUAUGACGUGAACGUCAAUUAAUAUAAUCGACAAAAUGAUCAUUUAGUAGGUGUUUUGAUUGAUUUUUCAGUAUAGGAAACACACUGCAGUCAUGUCUGAACAUUUGGUCGCGACACAAUUUGUCACAACGAUAACGUGGCAUAUCCACAAACAAAAAAAAAAACAUUUUAAUCCAUCUAUUUAAAAUGACACUUUUGUAAUUGAGGUUCUAACAUGUCUCCUGUAUGUAUAUGCGUCUGCUGUGCAUCGCUUUUGCAAGCGGCUGUUAUUAGUCGAAAAAUUAUUUAGUUUUGUGAAGAUGAUUAAAAAUCAUUAUUGUUGAAUCAUACUCAUGAUCAUAACAGUGCUAAGAUUCUCCAAUUUACACUGUUUUGUCUAUACGUGAGGACUAAGUGCACGACAGCAGAAAUUAUGUUUUUUAUGGUGGUCGACUUAACGGCUGUACUGAGCUGAAUUACAGUGUAUGCUGUCCAUUUGGAUCUCUAAAGGCGUGUCCAAACGAUGAGCGGCAAGAGUACGGCAGCAACAGAAGAGGCGUUUGUAGAAAACAUUGUGAGUGCGGUAGCCAGUCGCACCCGUUUUCCGCUUGCCAUUCGUGGUUGGGACUACACCGGUUUCAAUCAAGCAUUGUGUUUAGUUUGACUGUCUCGCUGGCCUUUGACCAUUCUUAGCUUUAACCCAUUUUUAUGGAAUAUAUACAAUAAUCUUUAAGCGAAUCGCUUGUAUACAUAAUGUUUUAGCUGAAUAGCGAAUUGAUAAAAGUUGUAAUCCUACUAUCUGAAUUCGGUUAGAAAAUACUAUCAACUCAUUCAUUUAUAAAAAGUACGUACAGUCGCCAUCAGAAAUAUUGUAGCAGACAAGGCGACCAAAUAAAACUUUACGUUGUAUAAUAUUCAGGUAUUUUUGGUUUGUAGUAUGUAUAGAAAUUAUUGAUAAGCAUCUGCUCAGAUAUUAGCGAGAUAAUAAAUGUUCAGAUAUUAAUGGUAACUUGUAUCGAAUGGAACUUAUUGACAUGUGAAAUUGUUCAGAAGUAUGAGGUCACCUUUGUCUGCUACAGUAUAUCUAAUGGCGACUGUACUACUAAUGUGUGCGUAAUCUAAUCUUCUGCUCAGAAUAAUCGUAAUAUGGUGCUAUACUUUUAAAAUAUUGACAUAACUGUGUAGGUACGUAGUUAA